GGGUACAAAAAGCAAGAAUUUCAGCAUAGAUCUUUAAAAGAAAUUGUAGAUCUUUAAUUACUGUCAUCUAAGUACAACAUCAGUAUAGAUCUUUAAAAGAAAUUAUACCUACCAAUAUUCUAAACACAUAUUCUUUAUUUUCCAUCAGUAUACCAACAACUAACCUUAAAACAAAAGACAUGGUCAACACAUAUAGCAGCUGCUGAUGAGAAAGCAUAGGAAAAUGGUUCAUAGAGGCUCUUCGUACCGUAGCUUCUUUAGCUACUUGAAGCCACCGUGGAGUUCCGAAAUUUGCAGCUUCCCCAAAAUUAAAACCUAAUUUGGAACAAAAAAAGAUUCUUAAUGGAAAAUUAAGAACAAGAGGAAGGGUGGAACAAAAGUGACUUAUUUUAAUGGGAAAAUAAAGAGACAUUCACACAAACUUUUGUACAAUUUCCAAGUUCUAGUUUAGUUAUUGAUAAAAAUGCAAUGAGUAUGCAUACCUAUUGGCUGUUAGAAGUUAUAACACCAUAGUAUCCUUAAAAUUCUAGCAGAAGGUAAAAAGUAUAAAGAAAAUGUAAGCAACUCAUGUGGCUAAAUCCUGCAUGGUAUGCCCUCAGGAAAGUCACAACAAAUUCACCAACAUUCUGUACUAACCUAAAGUGAAAAAACCAAAAGAUACAUGAGUAGAACUUCAAGAUAGAAAAUGAGUACAAGAAGCAAAUGCCUUGCACUCCAUUCUAUAUGGGGCAAUAAAUUUUGGCAUAGCUGUGCAUUUUGAAACCCUUAAUGGAACAUAAAAAAAGGUAUCCUAGUAUCAUAAAAAAAUAAUAACAGCAAGAAGUAAAUAAAGUAAAACGAGCAUUUACUUUUUUGGAUGCCAAGCAAUUUUUGCAAACAUGAACCCUAUAAAGGCACCUUAAUUAUAAAACACUUGAAAGGCAUGAAAUAUAUAUAGAAAAAUAUCUGAAGAUAUUUAAGAUGUUUAUAAGGUAAAAGCUAAGAUGCCAGCAAAAAUUGUUUCAAGUUCUUCCCAAAUUCAGGUCAAUUUUUUUUUAACGUUCCACAAGAUAGCAUACCAACUGUGUAUUCUAAUUUAUCAAUCUAUAUAAAAAAUUUCAUUCAAUUUUAGUUUGACAAAAUUCUUCAAUGGAAAAAUAGGAGAAAUCACAAAACUAGUUAAAUAUAGCCUAGAGGGCAUAACCUUCCUUUCCCCACAAAACAAAUAAUGAGUUUGAUCAAGGUCAAGGUUUAACAUAUUUGGGAGCUUCACUCAUUUAAGAAUUUUAAUUGGGGGAGAAUGUUUCCUGCAUCAGAAAAACAUUCAAAUAUGCAA